AUGAUAAGGAAUGUAGACUUUAUUCGAAGUACAAUAGGCAUAAAGAUCACUGUCAACCCAGAGUCAAAGGCAGUCUUGGCCGGACAGUUUGUGAAACUGUGUUGCCGGGCAACUGGACAUCCCUUUGUACAAUAUCAAUGGUUUAAAAUGAAUAAAGAGAUCCCAAACGGAAAUGCAUCAGAACUUAUUUUUAACACAGUGCACGUAAAAGAUGCAGGCUUUUAUGUCUGUCGAGUUAAUAAUAAUUUCACCUUUGAAUUCAGCCAGUGGUCACAGCUGGAUGUUUGUGAUGUCACUGAAGUAACAGAAAGCUUUCAGGGAAGUGUGGAUGGCAUCUCUGAACCCAAGUUGCAAAUCUGCGUUGAACCAAGGUCCCAAAAGCUGAUGCUUGGUAGCACAUUGGUCUUACAGUGUGUUGCUGUUGGAAGCCCUAUUCCUCACUACCAGUGGUUCAAAAAUGAAUCACCAUUAAUACAUGAGACAAAAAAGCUAUACAUGGUACCUUAUGUGGAUCUGGAACAUCAGGGAACCUAUUGGUGUCAUGUAUAUAAUGACCGAGACAGUCAAGAUAGCAAGAAGGUAGAAAUCAUCAUAGGAAGAACAGAUGAGGCAGUGGAGUGCACUGAAGAUGAAUUAAAUAAUCUUGGACAUCCUGACAGUAAAGAGCAAACAGCUGAUCAGCCUUUGGCAAAGGACAAGGUUGCUCUUUUGAUAGGAAAUAUGAAUUACUGGGAGCACCCCAAGCUUAAAGCUCCUUUGGUGGAUGUGUAUGAAUUGACCAACUUGUUAAGACAACUAGAUUUCAAAGUUGUUUCACUGUUGGAUCUUACUGAAUAUGAGAUGCGAAAUGCUGUGGAUGAAUUUUUACUACUUUUAGACAAAGGAGUAUAUGGUAAGAUAUUUAUAAUCUUUAACAUUUUUAAGCGAAAGCAAAAGCUCUCACUGUUAUUUUGCCCCAUAAAGAAAAAUUGUCCGUUGCUUAACAGAAAACUUACCAAAGCGCUCCUCAAGGGAUUAUUUGUAAGUUGUUCUUUUUGCUCUUUUUCAGAACUCCCAGAAAGUAUGUGUCUUAAAUUUCAGUGCGGUGUUCAGAUUCAGCUCGGGUUUGCCGCCGAGUUCUCCAAUGUCAUGAUCAUCUACACAAGCAUAGUCCACAAGCCACCCGACGUACUGAUGUGCGAUGCGUAUGUCACCGAUUUUCCUCUUGACUUAGAUAUUGAUCCAAAAGAUGCAAAUAAAGGGACGCCUGAAGAAACUGGCAGCUAUUUAGUAUCUAAGGAUCUUCCCAAGCAUUGCCUCUACACUAGGCUCAGUUCGCUGCAAAAAUUAAAGGUUAAUACUUUUCCUGUUUAUUAA